UUGUUUUCGUCUAAAAACUCGUAAAAAAUACACGAAACGCACUAGAAAAAUUCUUAUAAUUGCUAAACAAUUGUGAAAAGUGAGUGGAAAACAAUUUGAAGCGAAUAUCAAAGAUAUUUACGUGAAAAAGGAGGUUUUGUUGUGCUGCCCGUCCGACUGUCACGCAGAAUGCGCGUAGAAAGACAGAAGGCGCGCUAAAGGCGCGUGGAAACGCACAAAUACACAAAAAUGUAAAUAAAUAAACGUGCAAAGUGCUACAAAUUGUGAAUAGUUGAGAAAAGCCUGGGCCCGACCCUCUAAAAGCUACUGGAAGACACAAGAAAAGCCCCUCCAUUGAUGGUCGAGGGAGAGUUUUAGAACUGUUUUUUUUUUGUACGAGUUCUUAUCGGGCAACGACUGGGAACUAUGUUUGAGUGGGUCUACCCAUCGAUUUGCGUGCGGUUGCGGUUCGCCGAUAACCGAUUGGAUUCGAUUCGAAUCUUGUCAUCGAUGCUGUAGGUCUAGGUCUAGUUGUGUUCUGUUACCGCGGGGAUCCUUUACGGGUAUGGAACAUGCAUCCCGGGGAUAUGCAUAAGAACGUUUCAGUACAAGUUGAUAGUGAUUUUUCCCUAUUGCUACCCAGCGGUGUUUAUGAAAUCAAGAAAAUGGAACCACGCUCCAAAAUACGAAAAAUCAUUGUAUUUUGUUUAUUCCUCGCCAUCGCAGGCAUCAUUGGCUUUGGAUACUUUUGUCAAGAUCAGGUAUGCGCCCUAUCCAAACGCGCCGUGAUACUCCAGUCCUCGGAUAUCCUUGCCUAUAAUGAGCUCCCACUCCAUCAGGCCAAUAGCAUUACCAACAACAACAACAAUGCCAACAGCAACAAUUUGGGAGCGCUGGGCGGCAUUACGGCCAUGGCCUCGAGGGCAUCUGCAUCCGCACCGCAGAACAUCAUCGCCAAUGCCGGACUGAGCUACGAGGAUGUGCUCAACGAUGAUUUCCAGUUCGAUAUGGAUGGCCACGAUGUGAUGGUCUUUCUGCACAUCCAGAAAACGGGCGGCACCUCCUUUGGCCGCCAUUUGGUCAGGGACUUGGACCUAAAACGGCCCUGCGAGUGUCAGCGACAGAGAAAACGCUGCUAUUGCUUCCGGCCGCAUCGGAACGAGAACUGGCUCUUCUCGCGCUACUCCACGGGCUGGAAGUGCGGCCUCCACGCCGACUGGACCGAGCUGACGAGCUGCGUGGACGUGGAGCUGGACAAGAACGAGGGCGAGACGGCCAAGCGUCGGUACUUUUACAUAUCGCUGCUCCGUGAGCCCAUCUCCCGCUACAUGUCCGAGUACCGCCAUGUGCGGCGCGGCGCCACCUGGAAGGGAUCGCGCCACUGGUGCCUGGGGCGACAGGCCUCCGCCGCUGAGCUGCCAGCCUGCUACAAGGGCAAGGACUGGCUGGACGUCGAUCUCGAUCAGUUUGCCGGCUGCGAGUCGAAUCUGGCGGCCAAUCGGCAGACCCGCAUGCUCGCGGAUCUGGCCCUGGUCGGCUGCUACAACAAGUCCUCGAUGCCAGCCCACGAACGGGAUCGGGUGAUGCUGGCCAGCGCCAAGCGCAAUUUGGCUGCCAUGGCCUAUUUUGGACUGACUGAAUAUCAAAAGAUGUCCCAAUAUAUAUUUGAGGAGACCUUUAACCUGCGCUUUGCCAUACCCUUUGAGCAGCACAACACUACCAUUUCGGCGACAGCCGUAUCCAAUCUGCGAGCGGACCAGAAGCGUCGCAUCGAGAAGCUCAACGGCCUGGACAUAGAGCUGUAUGUCUUUGCCAAGAAUUUGCUGUUUCAACGUUUCGAACAUCUGAAGGCAAAGGACACCAACUUCGAGCAGCGGUACGCCAACCUCGGGAACAUCUACUUCAAGCAGGGCGUCACGGAAUUCAAUUGGGACAGCAACGUGGAUGAUGCGCUCAGCACGGAUCAUUGAACUCGAAACCAAAUAUUAAUGUUUAGCCACUAGAUUUAGUCAGACACCAACUCAACCACGAAUACAAUAUAGCAGAGUGAGGAGGAGGCAGCAUAGACACAACCGAAGGACUUUACACUAGCGUCUAAGGAUAAUGUUAAGCCGUUUCGGCUUGUCUCAUCUAAAACAAAAAACAUGCACACACACACACACACACGCAUAUAUGUAUCUAAGAGCCCUACAAAUAGUAAAGCAAAAAUCUCCGUGUGCGCGUAUUAUAAAUUUAAACCUAAGGCUACACUCAGAAAUCUAUGACCUAUAACCGUACAUACUCCUUGCUGAUAAGUCGCACACACAUACCAUCGGACGAAUUGUAAAUACUUUUGCAUAAUGCAUAAUACGAUAUAAUACCUACAUAUAUAUAUUUUAUAAAUAUGAAUCGAGUUAUGAGCCAGUGGGAGGGCAAACUCGAAUUACAUUUACACUGUCACUGCGCAUCGACUACACGCCAUAAACUAGAUUAAUUAAUUAGUUUUAGCAUAGUGCUCUUUUGUUUUAUUGUUAUGCCAAGUCUCUGCAAAGCCAAAUCCACACGUAGUCUAAGCGCGUAGUGCUUGGAAAAAUGUUCUCGAUCCAAUGACGCAUUUAUUUUAUUUAACUGCUUAGACAACCCCCAGACCUCUGUAAAUACCGCAGAAUACUCUUACAAAAAUGAUUCAAAAUAAAACAAAAAUCAAUUUUAACACGA